ACCUUCAAUUAUCACACCACCACCACCACUCUCUCUCUAUCCAAUUUUUAGUUAUGGUCAAGAUGGGUUUGAAACCUGAACCGGUUCACAGUAACGCCAUGGAGAUUCGUUACAGAGGCGUUAGGAAGCGUCCUUGGGGUCGUUACGCCACUGAGGUCCGAGGUCCGGGCAAGAAAACAUGUGUCUGGCUUGGAACCUUCGAUACCACCGAGGCGGCGGCGCGUGCAUAUGAUAAGGCGGCGCGUGAAUUUCGUGGUGCUAAAGCCAAGACUAAUUUUCCUAACUUUAUCGAGCUGAGCGAGAACGUUUCCGUCGGCGGUUUUGAGCGUAGCCCAAGCCAGACCAGCACCCUCUAUUGCGCUUCACCUCCGGCAGCUACACCGGCGACUUCUGAUAUUGUUCUGCCGCAGCUUGAGCUUAGACUUGGCGGCAGAGGAGGCGCGUGUUACCAGAUCCUGAUGGCGCGUCCUGUGUAUUAUUUGGACCUUAUGGGAAUCGGGAACGGCGUUCGUGCUGUUCAGCCUCCGAUGUCGUUGGCGUGUAGGUCGCCGGUGAUGCAUGUUACGACGAAGGUGGCUUGUGGGGGGCAGAGCGAUUCUGAUUCGUCUUCGGCCGUAGAGUUUGAUUGGUGGAUAGAAUAAAGGGGAGAAGCAAAAAAGGGAGAUAUAUAAUUAUGGAGCUGAUGGGAGGAGAACAGAUUCAUGUCGUUUGGGUUAUGAUAAACACAUGAAAUUUAUGAAACGGCAAAGGAGAAUCAGAAGUGUUGGAACGGAGGUUUGCUCUGCGAUUUGGAGAAAGACGAAGCGGAGAAUUUCGAGUGAAUGAAAAAUGACGUGGCAAAACAUAAACUUUUGAUUGGUUGAUUUUUUCAGCUGACGUGGAUAGGCUCAAUGGAGCUCAUAUAUUCCUUUUAAUAUAGUAUAGACUAGGGAUUAACCCGGGCUACGCCC